AUGUCCUGUGAAAGGAGAAUAAAGGCUGCCCGUUUCCUCGCCCUACGAUGUGAGGCGCUCCCCGCCUCGCCUCCCGGCCUUGAAAGGCUCUUGACCAGGCCAGUGCCGCCGAUGUCGUAUUUAUUGCAAUCUCCACGAUCCGUACCGGCGAGGUUAUUGACGCCACGAGACAACUAUUCAAUCCUCAUGGGAACUCGUAACAAAUAG